GCCCAUUUAUUCAAGAUCCUCCCCUCCGAAUCUCUCCAGAGAAAACUACAAAGAAAUCCAUAUCGAUCAUAACGAUCUUCAUGCUCUAAAACCGAAGUGUUUAACGACACGAAAAGUUCUUUUUCAAGUUUGCACAAGUUAAAGAGUCACUAUGGAAUUAGCAGACAGAACGAUUGGACUGCUUUUGACAGUUACUAGCCUGUCCAUUUUCACAUAUUAUACCUUCUGGGUCAUCAUUCUGCCAUUGGUUGAUACUGAUCAUUUUGUGCACAAAUAUUUUCUACCUCAAGAGUAUGCAAUUCUUAUUCCCGUAUUUGUUGGAAUGGCACUCAUCUGCUUGCUGAGCAUGUUUACUGGAUAUGUGAUGCUCCAGUCCAAAAAGAAGAAGGCAUGAUACAACCAUGUUAAGCCUGCUGCUAGCUGUUAGAUUAUAUGAUACUUCAUAGUUUUGCUCUUGAACAGCUUGUUUCACAUAAAUUCUCUUUUCAUGUGUUGACAGUGAUCUGAAAAUUCUAGAUAUGCCUUCAAGUAGUCACUACAUAUUGACAACAAGCUCAAUUUUGUGUUUGUAGUUUGUGACUGUUGAAAAAUGUAUUAGAUGAAAAUGACUGUGUUUAUAAAUAUUACUUAUGGA